AGGUAGCUGCAAAGGAGAGUGAGAUUUGAUAUGUUGAACUCUUGUACUUACUUUUUAUAUUAUUUUUCUGUAUCAUUUAACUUAAAUUACUUAUGAACAAUUAUAUUACUUACAUUUUUACCUAUUUUUUUAUUUAAUUAGUCUCUGAAGUUAGAGUUGAUUUUUCUUCCAUGCACAAAUCUUACUACUUAAGCAGUUGAAGUCUUGGCUUCUGGCUGUAUUAAAUCAUGUAAUAUUGUUUAGAUAUAGGCUAUGACAUCAUGAAUGCUUCCCUCAUUCUUUUCAUUUAUUAAAAAAAAAAAAACUUUCCUCACUUUUUUAAUUGUUCAUAUGCAGAGAACAUGGGAAUGGGCAAAAAUGGCAACUACAUUGGAUCAUGUCGUUGUGGCAACUGAUGAUGAAAAGAUUGCUGAAUGCUGUCGAGGAUUUGGUGCUGAUGUGAUAAUGACAUCAGAAUCUUGCCGAAACGGUACUGAGCGUUGCAAUGAAGCACUACAAAAGCUCAAGGAAAAAUAUGAUGUUGUCGUCAAUAUUCAAGGGGAUGAACCUCUAAUUGAUCCGGAAGUAAUAGAUGGGAUUGUCAAAGCGCUGCAGGUGCCUUACAUCACUACUGCUUUGAUGGAUGCGAAGCUUGGCACGGAAGGGCGCAAGGAUCUUUUUGAUUGGCUAUCAAGGCAACUUAGUGGAUUAAGCAAUUUUCCUGAUGCUGUAAAUCUGAAUUAUGUAUUGUUUCAAUUUGUUAUGCUAGAUGGAUGUGACUUGUGAAUGAAAACUUAGAAUAGUUGUAUUGUGUCGAAUGUUAAUGAAUUAUGUAUUGUGUCGAAUGUUAAUGAUUCAGUUAAUUUGAA